UAUGUUAAACUUCGCCUUACUUCAUUCUUAGUCCCUUAUAUUUCUGAAAUGAUUUUCUAAAUGUGCAAUUGAAUAUGCGUGAUUAUAAUGAUUGUUUUAAUAACGAAAAUAGUACUUCUGUGACGUUCAUUUUGAUCUGACGACUUUCCAUAAUGUUCUGAUGUCAAACCAGUUGUCAUUUGAAUGACCAUUAUAAAAGUUGACCAUUCUCAUAUGAUGCUAGCUGUGGACAAAGUUUCAUGAUACAUACAGCAAAUCCAGCACUAAGCUAUCUGACAGUAAUGAUGUGCGUUGGAAGAGCUUGUGCUUGGUUACCAAGGAAAAUUCGUCGUAGAGUGAGGGAAUGUUCAGAAUGGAUGACAACACUGUAUUACACUCUGUACUUCAACUAUUUCACUACAUUUUUCCUAGCUCUUGAAGUGAUGAUGGAACCUUUGUUUUGGUUUGUGGAGAAAUUUGCAAGGUUUCUAGGACCAAUGUUUGUCACUCUGGUGACAGUGAUGACAACAUCCGUAGUGACCAUAUUCUAUGUGUGCCUGCUUCCUCACGUGUACGAUAUCAGCCUUGGAUUGACAGUGUUCCACCUGAUCUUCGGACAUUGGCUGCUUGCCAACAUUGUGUUUCACUACGUGAUGGCUGCAUUCACCCAACCUGGCACUCCUCCACCCCAGAAUGUUCCAGAGAUUGUUUCCGUUUGCAAGAAGUGCAUAUCUCCAAAACCACCACGUACACACCAUUGCACAAUCUGUGGAAAGUGCAUACUCAAAAUGGACCACCAUUGCCCGUGGCUGAACAACUGUGUGGGUCACCGUAACCAUAGAUACUUCUUCUUGUUUUGCCUCUACAUGUGGAUGGGCACAAUCUAUGUCAGCUGGGUGGGCCAUGAGCUCUUCAGACAACAUUUCUAUGGCGACAAGCCAACAAGGUUCCCACCGUUCUUGUAUCCACUCAACGCCAUUCACGAUGCCAUCUACAAUCCAAAGGAAAAUCCCAAACCACAGGUCUUCAUUAUCAGCGAAGAUUCACCGAUGAUAGAGGAGAAUUACCUCGAGUAUUACUACCACAUAGCCGUCCUAUACGAGUUUAUCUUAUGUUCGGGGGUCACGCUGGCUCUCGGCCUAUUGAUGGUGUGGCACGCCAAGCUUAUAUCGGUCGGAGAAACCAGUAUAGAGGUGCACAUAAACAAUACGCAGCGCAAAAAAUAUAAGAAAAAGAAUCUUAUAUACACAAAUCCAUUUCACUACGGUUUAAAAAAGAAUUGGAUGGUGUUUUUAGGAUUUUCAAAUUUUAGUUCGUUUGUCCGUCGGGUAUUACUGCCCUCCACACAUGAACCCGAGGGUAGCGGGCUCACCUGGGAACGUGCCUCAUACAAGUUCCAUCCGGAUAAGGGAUUACAAAGGGUCUCCAAUGGGACCCCUACGUCAUAGAAUACGAAGGGUCUCCAAUGGGACCCCUACGUCAUAUAAUACGAAGGGUCUACAAAGGGACCCCUAUGUCAUAGGAGCUUAGAUAUUGCUCGCAAAAAUAAAGGUCACACAGACCUUUAUGCAUAACUACAUUAACCCGGAAGAUACCGAUGCAAGAAAUUCACAAGUGGUCGUACUUGAAGCGAGCACAACAAUAAAAAUGCGAGUCUUUGGACGGGAAUGGCGUAAAAUUGAUGAAACAUGUUCAUGCUUAACUGCAAAUAUUGUCGUUUUCGUAAUGAAAAUGAAUGCCAUAGAUUCACGAAUAUCCAUCUAAAAUGUGUGAAGGGUAUCUUUGAUCUCUUAAAACAGAUCACGAACAAAAGUGAGUAUCACUACAGGACAAAAUUAAGCGCGUUGUUUAUGUUAGUAGAGUUCUUGAGUUUGGUACUUUCAUAUGUGCGUAGCUUGAAGUGACACUGUGAUAAAAAAUCUUACCUGUGGGACAAACUCUUUAUAAGUGUGAGCAAACGGUAACAAACGGCUCAAGUAUUGUUCAUUGAAUUCCAUGUUGCAAUAUUUCAAUGUAUUUUAUAAGCAUUAUUGUUAUGGAAUAAAACUAUUGUUUUGUG